AUGUAUAAGAGUGAAGGUUGUGUGAACGGAUUUACUUUGAUUAACUUUAAACCACCACUUGGAAAACCAAAUUUCCAUGGGGUUAAGGUGAGUUUGCAGAUUUUCUGACGCUAUAAGUGGAUCUACAAAAAUAUAUAAUCUCGAAUAUAAUUAAAAAUAGUUAUAUAAUAAUAAUACUAUCGUGUACAUGUUUUUACUCUGUAUAGCCUGCAUACCGUGAACUAGCUGUAGCGGCUGUUGUAUAUUUUGAAAUUGAUAAAUUAUUUUUGAUUAUUUAUCCUAAAAUUAUUAAUUAAAUAUUUCUCGUAUGUUUAUAUUUUAAAAUGAGAGAGGUACGGCCUACGAAAGUGCAAUUGCCUUUGUGUGGAAAUCAUCACAUUUUUUGACUUAAGUAAAGAAGUUAUUCCCUGAUUUAAUUGUAAGGAUAGUUCUGCAUGAAAAAACUCUCACUGAAUAUCACACAAAGAUCAUUUAGAAAACUUUUAUGCGAUUUGUAAAAUAUCAUUUUCAUGAUUGUCCAAUUUAAAACGUCAUAAUAAGUUGGUUCACAUGGAAGAUAAGCAUUUUAAAUGUGAGAUAUGCAAGAGAUUAUCUAAACGAAAAUGUAGAUUUGACAGUAUAUAUAAGGGCUUAUACAGGUCAGAAACCAUAUAUACAUUUGAUGUUCGUGAAAAAUCGUUUUCUCCUUUAAACAUUUAAACAGUUCAAGUUUAAAUUAUCAUAAGUUAUUUUAUAUUAGAGAGAAGCCUUACAAAUAUACCUGUGUAUCAAUUCAUACUAUAGAGUGACUGAUUUAAAAAGACAUAAGUUAAUUAUUCAUAUUGGAGAUAAGAUGUGUAUAAGAAAUCAUUUGAGCUGAAAUUUAAUUUGGUAGUACACACAAGAACUUAUUCUAGUCAAAAACCUUAGUAAACCUUAAAAAUGUGACCAAUAUUAGAAAUUUAUUUUUAGUGUUUAUAAUAUUAUGUUGGUUCACACAAGAGACAAAUCAAUAAAAUGUUAUAUAUUUCAGAAAGAUUUUUCUCAAUCUCGAAAUUUUCAAUGUCAUAUGAAGGUUUAUUCUAAUGUUAAAAAUACCGACAAAGUAAAAGCUGAAUGAGUUGUGCACCAGUAGCGCCGAACCUAAUUCAAUGGAUGGGUAUACCCCCUAGCAUUGGUAGUUAAGUAUAAAACAUUGCAUAUUUUACAAUUAAUAAAAGGGGAAGUAGACAUAAUAUUACAAAUAAUGCGAACUAAUCUAUUGGCGUCAGUAGUAGAGUCAGACCUUGAUGCAUUUGUAUGCGAUACACGAAUACAAAGCCUCUAAAUUCAUAGGGCCUCUUCUCAUUCUAUAUGAAAAAAAAAAUUGUAUUCUUUAAAGAUAUUUUUGGUAGAUAUAUCGACUAAAUAUUGAAUAAGAAUUUAUCACGACCAUGCCGAAUUUUAAAAUAUACUCGAAGACAGAUAGAGAAAAAAAAAAGAAAAGAAAAUGUCAUCAAUGUUUCUAGUGUACAGGGCCUCUACUUCUUUAAAUUAGGUCCUGCAUAGCAUUAUUGUGUGAUUGCAUUAAAAGUAGAUAACUAUUUAACUAUAACUAUAAUACUAUUUAAUUAAUAGUAACAAAAAGUACCUUAUUAAUUUCUAAAUCUAAAACAGCCGCUACAACUAGUUCACGGUGUUGUACGCAGGCUAUACGGAGUAAAAACAUAUACACGAUAGUAUUGUUAUUAUUUAACUAUUUUUCAUUAUAUUCGAGAUUACAUAUUUUUGUAGUAAAAAAAGCUGUCUUAGGAUAAUAGGGACGGGUGCAGCCAUUAUUGUAGAUGAUAAUUUGGGAAGGUAGGAUACAGAAGGGAAUUUAAUGUACAUCUGUAAGCAACGAUAAACCAUAGCUAACGAAAAAAACAAUUCUGGACGGAGUUCAGUUGAUACUGAUGAUUUGUUAACAAAUAUAUAUAAUAUUUCAUACUAUGGUAAACUAAUUAAAUAGACAUUAUAUAUUUUCUUUAAUAACAUUUGUUUAAUAUUGAUCCGAUUUGCUCGUUUUUCCUAUGUUUUGUCCCAUUUGUUGAGAAAACUUCUGAGAAAAUCAAAAAAUUACCUCCUUAAAGUAUGUUCCUAGUCAUAUUUUCUUUAAAAUAAAAGUUCUAUCAUUGUAAAUCGGAGCAAAAUUGCUGGUAGAAAAGUUGUUCAUAGAAAAAAAAACCUUAAAAUUUUGCUAAUAUAUUUCGUAAAUUUUCCCGUUUUUUUCUUUUUGUUUUUCACAUUUGCUUUGAAAACUUCUUAGGAAAUCGAAAUAAUAGCAUAUGAGAAUAGUGGCAGACUUACGUUUUGAAAUCUGUCUUUGGUAUCUAGCAAGCAGAGUUGAUCAAAAUUUUAUCCAGAUGUUUAUUCGAAUAAUUUUCAAACAUAAUUAUUUGAAUCAUUUUUAUUUAUUUAAAAUAUUGGUUGGUAAUUUAAAAUACAUCCAUAUUAAAAACAAUAGUUGGCCUUGUAAUAUAUAAUAUAUCCUCUACGGCUCCAAUAAUAUUUUUUUAUAGAGUUGAAUAUUAUGAAAAUUAAUCGAAUACUAUUUUAUUUAAAUAAUCAUCAAAAUAAUAUUUAUUUAAAUAAUGUCCAACUCUGCUAACAGGGCAUUGGUUCUAAUUGUUAAUUUGCAGUCAGCCGUUUUGACUUCGGAAAGUCUUUUGACAAAUAGUAGCAAUAAUAAAUAACAACAGAAAGUUUAGAAAUAUUACAAUGUACAAUUAAUACAAUUGUUUAUUUUGUUUGCAUGUGACAAAGUUUUGUGUUUAAGCAUUUUGUAUUGUACAUUCGAAUACUAGAUGGUGCCCUCAGAGAUUCACCAGAAAAAAAAUUGUAAGAUAUUACUAUAAAAUCAAAACUGCUUGCAAACUUUUUAGAUAACUUAAAUAAAAUAUAUUUUCCUACUUAGUAUAUUGAUAGGGUUGUUUAUUGUUUUAGUGUGUUAUAUAAUUUUUAGUGUACUUAAUUGAUUAGGGGUCAAAAUCCAAACAUUUAGGUUAUUUCAUUUAAAGUAUUAAAUUAUAAUUAUUAAUGUAGAAACAAUUUUUACUAUAACUUCAAACUUAUUGACAGAUACUGUAUCUUUACCAUUUGUUGGCUGUGACGAACACAAUAUAGAAUUAAAAAUAUUAUAAGCUUUCAGAUUCCGAGCACAGCGAGGGAGCUAUUGGUUUUACAAUGCUGUUUAUUUUUUUCUCUUUCUUUAUUCUAGUCUGUAGACACGUUAUUUCCUAGUAAACUUAUUCCGAUUUUUACGUAUAGUACUUUUUUUGAAAGCUCAAGUUGUCUAGAUUGUACUUUAAACAAGUAAUUUUUUAUUUUAAAUUUUUAUUUUCGACGAUAUUUUUUAAAUAAAUGCACUUAAGUGGGAAAAAAACUUAGAAAAACGUAUUUUUCAUGAUUUCAUUAUUUGAUAAAAACACGGACGAGGUUUUCUACCAGAAAAAAAUGAUUUAAUCGAAAAAUCACAUAAUAUCUCUUUUUCUAAACUUUUGAGCUACUUUUGAGCUUUUAAGGAAUUUUAAUUUUUGGGAUUUUUUUGAUGUAAUUCAGUUAUAAAAAAUAGAUCAAAUCAAAUUUAAACGAAAAUCGCAAAAAAGAAAUAUGACAUUUCAAAUUAUGUAUUACCGAACGGUAAUCGGUAAUUGGAAUCGUCUUAUGUCAGCAAUGGUUUAUUUGUUGCUUAUAUAUAUAAAUGAAAUAACCUUAUAUAUCCUACCUUCUCAAUUUCUCUCCUACAAAAGUGGCCGCUCCCAUACCCAGUAUCAGCUUUUUUUUCAUUGAAAUGUGUUUGCCCUUUAUUGUAAAAUAUUCAAAGUAUAACGAAACUACUAAAUAAAGAGAAAAAAUUGAAUGCAAUGUAAAAAGUUAUCAAAACUGUAAUUUAAACAAUUUGUUAUUAUUUAUUUACAUAAGCUGACAUAGUCUUUUAGAUUUUAUUUGAAUAUACUAAAUAAUGUUUUAUAAUAAUCGUCUAUAAUUAUUUACUUAGGUUAACAGUUAUAAAAAACGUUAAUUUGAUUAACUUGGGAAAAUAAUAUUUAAGUAAUAAUAAUUCAUAUUUAAUUUGAAAACCCAAUGAGCAAGUACAUUGUCUUCCUUAUACUACAGGAUGAUUUACUAAGUUUGCUAAUCUUUUUUUUUUGGUUAAAUUUGUUUAUAUUCAAAUUCUAAUUUUUGGAAUUUUUAGGUCUAUUUAAAUUCGAUAUUUUCGAAUACUCAGGUUUUCCAUAAGAUAAAAGGAGUAUCCUGUGGCGAUAUCAACUUUGGUUUUUUAAAGAAGACCUUAUAUUAAAAAUUGCAUACUUGGAAGGAGUAUUAGUUUAAAUAAAUUUUGGUGUUAACAUUUUUGAUUUCCAUCAAUCUCCUUGAUGAGAUACUCCACUGUAAAUUUAGGCAGAGAAGAGAAUAGUGUAGUAUAUCAUUUGUAUGGCAGCACUGUAUGCGUCGUUUUAUUAGUGCAACCAAUAGGAAUUUUUUAAUUUUCCAGGGGUUUUCAUAAUAAAUGGAUAUAUCCGGAAAAUAACGUAGGAGAAACUGGAAAAUUUACGAAAUGUAUUAUUUUUAAAUCUUAAAUAUUAUGGUCUUUCAAAACAUGUAUAACCUAACUCCGCUCAAAAUUAAUUUUAGCAUUUAUAUACGUGUUCCGUAUCUUAGGAGUAGCGUUUUCAUAUUUUUACAAAGACUUAAUGUAUUAGUGUUCUUAGCCUUUUUUUGAUGUGGUCAAAUUUUUAAACAUUCUGGCUAUUUCUCAGCUUUAUAUAGACAUUUUAAAUUUUUGAAUCGCGGCAUUUCAGACACUGUUUCUAUUUCAACAUUUAAGAUAGUAUUGCAUCACGCUUUUCUAUAGAUAUAUUUUAAUUUUUGUUAUUUUAUCUCCAUGGCGUUACCAACGCAUUCACUAAUACAGUUUAAUGACAGUUUACACAACUGUUUUUUAUCAGAUUUUUUUUUUAAUAUUAGUAAUAGAAUUUAAAAUAAUAAUAUUAAAAAUAUUUGUUCGUGCGAUACAAAGAGUAAUAUUCAUAAAGCUUAAAAUAAUAAUAAUACUUAACAUUUUAUAAUUGAUUUUUUUAGGAGUCACAGGUUGCACCAUUAAAAUAAUGGAUAAUGUAAAUACUCAAGAAAGCACGAUCCAGAUUGAUGUGAAUUUAGUAAAAUUCGACAAUCCAGAAAUUAUUCUUAAACCGUCUAAAACACCUUCCAAUAAAGUACUUAAUAAUAAUAAUAAUAAUAAUAAUAAUAACAAAAAUAAUAAUAGUAGUAAUCGUUUCUCUCGUGAGUAUAGUUAUAUGGUUUAUGCACUGAAAUAAAAUCUACUAUAGGUGCUUACUAGAUUUAUUAUAUAUUUAUAUUAUUACUAUAUAAUAUAGAGUGUCUUCCAAAAUUCAGAGUUAUUUAAUUAAAAUUAUAUUAUAGGUAUAUACGUUUCAAAAUUUAAUAUGUCUAACUAAAUUUCAUAUUUAUCGAUUGGUUUGGUUGAAUUUGGGAAGGCAAGGCUAUAUUGUUUUUAAUAAAUUAAUAAUUUAAAUGUAUGUUUAUAUUUAGUAUAAACCAAAAGUUAGUCUGUAUGAGUGCCAUACUAGCUGAAUUUAGAAGGUAUCUAACCUAACCUACUUACGUAUUUACGACAGUAUAAAAAUAGCUUUAAUAUAGCUAAUGAGCCUGAAAUUGUUGUAGGAGAGAAAAACUGGGGUUGAAUGAAUAUUUUAAUUUAUAUAUUUAUAUUAUAUUUAUGCAACGAUAGAUAAACCAUUGCUAACGAAAAAGGAUUCUGAGCGAACUUCGGUUAAUUAUGUUUUGAAAUACCAUGAUGUUUACGAUUACAUACAUUUUUGAAUUUAAAAAAAAACUAGGUCCAUUUCCCUGGACCCCACAUUCAAAUUUCGAAAUGAAACCAAGAGUCUUUUCUUGUGCUGAUUUGUAUCGUAAGGCCCAACAUUUGUGUUAUCAAACUUUUCGAGAUACAGUCGUUUUCUUUAGGGUGAAUUGGGGAAAUUGUUGCAUCUCUUUACGACAUUUAGAAUAUCUAUCAUAAGUUCAUAUUUUGUAUGCAUAAUUUAUGUUUAGUUGUAAGCUAAUUGUAUUAGUGAUUUUGGUAUUUAUGUAUUAAGUACCGUCUUCUAAUCGUAUGGUAUAGGUAUCAGAUAAUUGAAUGUAUUACAGACAUUUUGUAAUUUGUAUGAUUCUAUAGUAGGUAUUUUAUAAAUUAAAAUAUUGUAAUAUUAUACUUAUCAGAAUAAAUAGAAAUCACUACAUGAAAAUAAAAAUAAUUAUUAUAUUUUAUAUUAAAAUUAUUUAUGUGUUUACCUUAGACAGAGAUGUUUUCGUACGAAUCAGUAUUUAUUUUGAUUUCUAUUGAUAAUCCUGUAAUAUUAUUGGCAGAUUUACUGGGGACGGUCCAGGGGGUCUGAAGCUCCCCUUUUAUUAGAAUCAAUAUAUUCUCGUCCAUAGUAAAAUAAUAUUAAACUUUAUCUCGUUGAACUGACAUAUAUAUAUAUAUAUAUAUAUAUAUAUAAUUAUACAUAAUUAGAUUUACGCUAAUUGUGUAACUCUAAGUAUACAUGGAGUAACGAUGAAACACAUGGUAAAUUGGUUACAGGAGUAACGUUUAAUAUCGAAUUGUAUAGCAAUUAAAUAAAAAGUGCUACCCGAUAGAAUUUUAUCUGCAUCAUUCGAAUAGGAAAUAGUACUUAUUAUGAACAUUUCUAUAGCACAAUUAAAAUGUGCAUACAACUAGCAUAAACUAUACUCAUAAAAAAAUUAUUAACUUUUGAUAGUUAUUAUAAAUGUCAAAAGGAGGUGCAACAUUUUACUCAGCAUACCUCUAAAAAAACUGCUUUAUUUCGGAAAGUUCAAAAUCACAAAUGUCGGGACUUAUGUUAAAAAUUAUCAUACAAAAAGCUCUUGGUUCCAUUUGAAAACUCAAAGGUAUGAGUGCCGGGAUAAUAGACCUAAAAACAACUAUAUUGCAGUCGACUUUUUUAUUUUGGCCACUAAAUAGAACUUAUGACAUCGUACAAAUUACGACUUUUCAUAAUAAUAUAUAUAACCGAAUUCGUUCAGAAUCGUUUAUUGUUAAAAAUGAUUUAACUUUUUUUGCAAUUAUAGAUUAAAUACGUUUAUUCAACAUUCCUAAUUUUUUACCUACAACGGGUGGGUUAACACUGACAACACCCAUUCCGAACCAUGAUCGGAAGAAUAUUUUUGGUAGAAAAAUUGUAAACAAGUAAAUUGAUACAAAAAAAAGUUAGAAGGAAGAAUAUAUGUAUGCAAUGAUUAAUCAUUGCUCACAAAAAAUGAUUCUGAGUUUUGCAUUAUUAGUCGUAUUAAUUACAUUUUUGCUAUAACUAUACAAAUUGACAGUUUUUUUUAAAGUAUUAAUAAAACUACUUAGGAAAUUAAAAAAUUACCACCCCAAACUAAAUCAAAAAUUCUGCAAGAAAGUUACAAUGAAAUUUAUAAAUAGUGCUAGAUUUAGAAAAGUUUUUUAUUGACACAAAAAAAAAUCUACAUCAUGGUAAAACCAUUACAUUCUUUGCUACACUUAGAAUAUAUAAAUUAUCUAUAAUCAAAAUUAUAAUAAAACAAUACUAAUAUAAUAAUUGAUUUCUAUUCAGGACAAAAAUAUAUGUGACAAAAAUCCUCUGCCACUGGGUCUGGGAGACGAUAGUGGGUUGAUGAAUGAAAUGAGUUCAGAAAAAGUUCUGAGCCUUAUAAUGCCACCUAGGGAAUGGGAAAAGGACGGUGUUACGCGUCGGCAAAAGAUUUCAAGUCAGCCAGCCACUAAAACCGAAGUGAAACAACUUGGCAUCAAUUUAGACAAUAGUUUAGGUCUGUAUAAAGCCAGGGAAGUAGGGAUUUGUCCGAUCAGACGUGAAGUGUACCAACAAUGUUUUAGUAAGUUGGUGA